AUGACAGACGCGGCUGCCCUGGUUAGUCGCGCAUAUGAGUAUGCACAGGAUGGAAUUCUCGCUCUUAUGUCCUGUCUGGACUGCGCAGAUGGGUACGGCACAGUGAACGUGAAUGGCGUGUCGUACGAAGUCAUGCAAUUGCUAGGCGAGGGUGGUUUUAGUAUGGUAUACCUGGUACGAGAUCGAACGAGCGGCAGAAUGUAUGCGCUCAAAAAGGUAAAGUUGAUCCGCAAAUUUACGCACUAG